AUCACAGCUCCAGGCAUUGGGGGAGCCCGAGCCGGCUGCGCCGGGGGAAUCCGUGCGGGCGCCCGGCGUCCCGGUCGGUCCCAUCCUCGCCGCGCUCCCGCACCCCCGAAGUUUUGCAGCGCCCAGAAAGGAGGCGAGGGAGGAGGGAGCGUGAGAGGAGAGGGAGCAAAAAGCACACCCUAAAACAUUUAUUUUAAGGAGGAAAGAAAAAGGGGGGCGCAAAAAUGGCUGGGGCAAUUAUAGAAAACAUGAGCACCAAGAAGCUGUGUAUUGUUGGUGGGAUUCUGCUCGUGUUCCAAAUCAUCGCCUUUCUGGUGGGAGGCUUGAUUGCUCCGGGGCCCACGACGGCAGUGUCUUACCUGUCAGUGAAAUGCGUGGAUGUCCGUAAAAACCAUCACAAGACAAAAUGGUUAAUGCCUUGGGGACCUAACCAGUGCGACAGGAUCCGAGAUAUCGAGGAAGCAAUCCCAAGGGAAAUCGAAGCCAAUGACAUCGUGUUCUCUGUCCACAUCCCCCUCCCCAGCAUGGAGAUGAGUCCUUGGUUUCAGUUCAUGCUGUUCAUCCUGCAGCUGGACAUUGCAUUCAAGCUGAACAACCAGAUCAGAGAAAAUGCAGAAGUUUCCAUGGAUGUUUCCCUGGCUUACCGUGAUGAUACGUUUGCUGAAUGGACUGAAAUGGCCCAUGAGAGAGUGCCCCGGAAACUCAAAUGCACCUUCACGUCCCCCAAGACCCCAGAGCAUGAGGGCCGCUACUAUGAAUGUGACGUGCUUCCUUUCAUGGAAAUCGGGUCUGUGGCUCACAAGUACUACCUUCUAAACAUCCGGCUGCCUGUCAAUGAGAAGAAGAAAAUCAACGUUGGCAUCGGGGAGAUCAAGGAUAUCCGGCUGGUGGGAAUCCACCAGAAUGGAGGCUUCACCAAGGUGUGGUUUGCCAUGAAGACCUUCCUUACGCCUAGCAUCUUCAUCAUUAUGGUGUGGUACUGGAGGAGGAUCACCAUGAUGUCCCGACCCCCAGUGCUUCUGGAAAAAGUCAUCUUUGCCCUUGGCAUUUCCAUGACUUUCAUCAAUAUCCCAGUGGAAUGGUUUUCCAUUGGGUUCGACUGGACCUGGAUGCUGUUGUUUGGCGAUAUCCGACAGGGCAUCUUCUAUGCAAUGCUCCUCUCCUUCUGGAUUAUCUUCUGUGGCGAGCACAUGAUGGAUCAGCAUGAACGGAAUCACAUAGCAGGGUACUGGAAGCAAGUUGGACCAAUUGCUGUUGGCUCUUUUUGCCUCUUCAUAUUUGACAUGUGUGAGAGAGGGGUACAACUCACGAAUCCCUUCUACAGUAUCUGGACCACAGAUGUUGGAACAGAGCUGGCUAUGGCCUUCAUCAUCGUGGCUGGGAUCUGCCUCUGCCUGUACUUCCUGUUUCUCUGCUUCAUGGUGUUCCAGGUGUUUCGGAACAUCAGUGGGAAGCAGUCCAGCCUGCCAGCCAUGAGCAAAGUCCGGCGGCUGCACUAUGAGGGGCUAAUUUUCAGGUUCAAGUUCCUCAUGCUGAUCACCUUGGCCUGUGCUGCCAUGACUGUCAUCUUUUUCAUCGUGAGUCAGGUGACUGAAGGCCAUUGGAAGUGGGGCGGCGUCACCGUGCAAGUGAACAGUGCCUUCUUCACGGGCAUCUAUGGGAUGUGGAAUCUGUAUGUCUUUGCUUUGAUGUUCUUGUAUGCACCAUCGCAUAAGAACUAUGGGGAUGACCAGUCCAAUGGCGAUCUGGGUGUGCACAGUGGGGAGGAGCUCCAGCUCACUACCACCAUCACGCACGUGGACGGGCCCACCGAGAUCUACAAGCUGACCCGCAAGGAAGCCCAGGAGUAGAGCUGCAGCACCCGGCUGGGACUGUCCCCCGGCUCCCAGCCCCUCGAACUAGAGUGGGGAGCGUGCCAGAGAGAGCCCAACGUGCACACGGAUGCUGCUGUCUCCUAGCUGCGGCUUCGUGGAGCGGCGGCGUGGAUGUUUGUCAGUUUGCCUUCUGACCGUGGCUCUCAGAGGAAGCUUUCUGCAGCCACUAAAUGCAUUGUGUAUAAUAACACAACCUCUGGGAUGACACAUUUUCUGUGAUCAUUGUUAAUUAGUGACAUAGUACCAUCAGUAGCAGGUGGUUAGUAAACCUCAUGUGUUGGGGGUGUACUCCUUGGGGGAUGGUUUGGGCCAGAUGGGGUCUAUAUGGAGUGGAAUAUUUGACUCUUCUUCCUGUUUUAGAUUCCGGGAUAGAUUUUAACAGCCUUUGCAGUCCAAGAUGGGCUGGUGUCCUAGUCUUCUCACUCCUAGUCCAUGACCACUUUUUUUUUUCCUAUUUAUAUCACCAAGUAGCCUAUUGAGUUAAUAUUUAAGUUGUCAAUAGAAAUGUGUCCCUAUUUUUUAUCGCAUAAUAUAAAAUGACUGAGUUUUAUGAGGAGAUCUAUCAUACUAGGGGCAUUUCAGCCUUGAAACCAAAUCUGUAUAUCUAAUACUAACCGCUCUGUUGGAUGUGGGUUUUAAAAAAACAUUUGCUAAAUUACCCAAGUAGGAUUUAUUGUAUUAAACGGCCUUUGGGUCUGAAAAGCUUUUUUAACCUCUUGCUUAAAAUGUGUUUUCUUUUGAUAAGAUGCUUCAGACAGCCUCCAAAAGUGUAGAUCCAAUCAUAUAAAUAAACCUGUUAUGUAUAUGCACAGAUGUGCAUGCACACGUCA